AUGCCUGAUAAAUCUUCAAAAUUGAAGAAUGCUGUCUCGAGUCAUUCAGAAAGGAAGCCAAAACGACGAUAUACAUUAACCGAUUUCCUCUUUGUUUCUGCAGUGUCGCCGAGUCUGCCGCUGGCGGACAUGGCGAGAGAGCGAGACCACCAGGAGCGAACGCGACGAACGGCGCCUCUCGGCGCCCGGAUCGCGGAUUGCGAACGCGACAGGGAGACGAUGAUGCGGGGCCGGAUGGAGUGUCGAGCGGAGCGACAUAGGGAGCGCGAGCGUCACCGAGACCUCGGCGUCUGCGCCAUGGAGCCACCCGAUCCCGUCUUCGUAUCUUCCUCCGCGGCACUCCUUGCCCUACAAAUCAAGGAGGCCUCGCUGGUAUUCCAUAAUAAACGGCCGGCAUUGACGUCCGGCAUCGGUCUCGGGGGCAGAGGUAAUAAUGCCCCCGUCGUCGGUGGCAACGGGACGAGCCUCGGGGUCGCCGAUGGCGAAUGUGGGGAUGCCCUCAAGCGGCGCAAGGUGCACAGGUGUGAUGUCGCCGGAUGCGAUAAGGUUUACACCAAGAGCUCGCACCUCAAGGCGCACAAGAGGACUCACACCGGUGAAAAGCCGUACCAGUGCACAUGGGAGGGAUGCACGUGGAAAUUCGCUCGCUCGGACGAGCUUACGCGGCAUUACCGCAAGCACACCGGCCAGAAGCCCUUCAAGUGCCAUCUUUGCCAGCGCUCCUUCUCCCGCAGCGAUCACCUCUCCCUCCACAUGAAGAGGCAUUGAUAGACUACGGCCCGACCGAUGUUGUGGGGCCCGAAGAUGGGGCAACAGCUGACGAGCUUAAUCAUAUGUACAUUCGGGACCUGAAGGCGCGAGGUUGAAUAGACGGAGAGGCAUAUCUGGACAUCCGGAUCCUCGUCCUGGGCGAAACGAAAUGCCGUAUGCUUACGUCGAGGAACGAGAAGUUACAUACACAUACGUACGCGCGCGUACACAAACACGCACACACACAAACACACAAUAAAUAUAGCCACG